AUGAGCAAAUUUAAAAAGAUAAAUAAAUUUCAAAAAAAAACACAAAAGGGCAGUAAAUUUUCAAAGUAUAUAAAAAAUGGAAUGAAUAAAGAAAGGAAAUUCGUCAACAAAAAAAUAAAAGCAAACAAAAGUAAGAUAAACAAAUUUGGAAAAAAUAAUAAAAAGGGAUAUGAUAAUGGGGAAAAUGAAAACAUUGAAAGUGGUGAUGAUAACGAAAUUGAAGGAACUAGAGAAAAUAGUGGUGAAGAUUCAGAAGUUAAUACUAAUUCAGUUAAAAUUCUGAACAGCAAGGUAAAUGAUGAAAAUAAAGAAAAUGAAAAUAAUAUAAAUUUAAUAAAUAAUAAAAGUGAUAUAUUUGAAGGUCUAUUUUCUGAUUUAAAAAAUAUAUUAAGUGAAAGUUUGUUAAAUACAUUAGAAAAAAAUAAUUUCAUAAAAACAACUAGAAUUCAAAAAUUAAGUAUACCUAAGAUAAUUAAAGACAAUGAUGUUUUUUUAAAAUCUAUGACUGGGUCAGGUAAAACCUUAUGUUAUGCCUUACCAUCUGUUCAGAAAAUAUUAAAUUUGAAAGAAGAAAAAAAUAAUAUAAAAAUAACAAGAGAAAUGGGAACAUUUAUAUUAGUUUUAUCACCCACAAGAGAAUUAGCUAUACAAAUAAAUAAUUUAUUUUGUAUUUUAACAAAAGCAUAUCCAUAUAUAGUAGCUUCAUGUAUAAUAGGAGGUGAAAAAAAAAAAUCAGAAAAAAAUCGAAUAAGAAAAGGAAUAUCAAUAUUAACAUGCACACCAGGAAGAUUAUUAGAUCAUUUACAAAACACUAAAGCAUUGAAAUUGAGAUAUUUAAAAACAGUAAUUUUAGAUGAAGCAGAUAAAAUAAUAUUUUUGGGUACACAAGACAAAAUUAAAAUGAUAUAUGAUUUAGUUAAAAAAAUUAAACAUGAAGAAUUUAAAAAAGUAAAAGAUAGUCAUGAAUCAUUAAAUAUAGAAACAGAGAAUCAUGAACUCAUAUCUGAAACAUUUCAAAUGGUAUUUAUAUCUGCUACAUUAAAUAAUGCAAUAAAAAAUUUAGCAAAUUAUUGCUUAACUAAUAAAACAUUAUGGUUAGAAGUUACAAAUGAUAAAAUAAAUACAAAAUUACCGGGUAAAGAUAUUUCUAUAAGUUUUGAAUCGAAUAUAAAUAAUAAAGAAGAUAGUUAUGAAUUACCUAAACAAUUAAAACAACAUUUUAUUUUGAUCGAUUUAAAAAAUAAAUUUUUAGGUUUAUUAUAUUUACUUUUAGAAUGUAUAAAAGAAAAAAAAAAACCUGUUGUAUUUUUUUCAAAUUACAAAAGUACAGAAUAUUUUCAAAUACUAUUAAAAAAUUUAUAUUGGCCAACUGAUGUAAAAAAAAAAAAUAUUGAAGUUAAUAAAAUUUUAAAUAAUGAAAUAAAACCAAUAUUAAAUAAAGAAGAUGAAAUAUUAUUAAAAAAACAUUUAGAAAAAAAUGUUAUGAAUUGUUAUAAAGAAAGUAUGGAAAAUUCUUUAGAAGGAAAAAAAAAUAAAUUACAAUUCUCAAACUUAUUAAAUUAUAAAAAUAUAAAUAUAGAUGAUAUAUAUAUUGAAGAUAAUCAAAACAAUGAAUACAAAAAUGAAAAUAAUAUAUUAUAUAACAUAAAUGCAGAUGUUCAUAAAAGAGUGUGUAUCUUUGGAAAUGUAGAUAUAUAUAUACUUCAUGGAAAUUUAUCAAAAGAAGAUAGAUUAGGAAACUUUGACGAUUUUUCUAAAAAUAAAAACUCGAUUUUAUUAUGUACAGAUAUUGCAUCAAGGGGAAUCAAUUUUAAUGGUUUAGAUGUAGUGAUACAAUAUGAUUCCCCACAAGUUUUAGAAGAAUAUAUACAUAAAGUUGGUAGAACGGCACGAUUAAAUAAUGAUGGAACAUCUUAUUUAUUUUUGUUGCCUGAAGAAAAAGAUUUUAUAACAAUUUUAAAAAAUAAAAAUAUAUUUGUAAAAACAAUUUUAGGGAAUGAAUUUAUAAAUAAAUUAAAAAAAAUAUAUGUACCUAUAUUUUUAAAAUCAGUUGGAGGGAAUAUACUUAAUUUUUUAGUUAAUCAUUUCAUUUCAAUAGUUAAAGCUGACCCUUCACUUUUAGAAAAAGGUGUAAAUGCCUUUUUAGCAUCUAUUAAUUCUUAUCAUUCAAUUUCAAAAGAGUUACGAAAUAUAUUUAAUUCCAAAAAUUUGCAUUUAGGACACCUUGCAUAUGCAUAUUUAUUGGAUAAAACUCCCAAAGAAAUAUCUAAAUAUAGAAAACAUCAAACAUAUUUAAGUAUAAAAAGGCAAUCUACUUUAAAUAAGAAAGAUAAGAGAUUUAUUCAAUCAUCAAAAUUCAUGAAAAUAAAGAAAUAA